UCCCUGCUGUGAAUCUGAAGCUUAAAGCCAAACUUUGAAGAUUGAUUUCUGACCUGCAAAAUGUCAUAUGACGGUUUUUCUGAGGAGGACUUCACUUGUCCCGUGUGCUUGGACUUUUUCGUAAAUCCUGUUGUUCUGCCCUGUAGUCACAGCAUCUGUUCAAAGUGCAUUCAGACGUUUUGGGAAAGUAGAGGAUUUAAUGAAUGUCCCAUUUGCAGAGAAAUAUCCCAAAUGGAUGAUCCUCCACUAAAUUUGGCUUUGAGGAACCUGUGUGAGAUUUUUUAUAACAGGAGAGAAAACAGAGAUCUUCAUCUGAAGGGGAAACAGUCUGCAGUGUUCACAGAGAGAAGCUCAAACUCUUCUGUCUGGAUGAUCAACAGCCCGUGUGUGUGGUGUGUCGAGACUCCAAAACACACACCGACCACAGAUUCUGUCCCAUAGAGGAAGCAGUGAACAUCAAUAAGGAGAAACUCAGAGAUUCACUGCAACACUUAAAGGAGAAACUGGAAGCAUUUGAGAAUUUUAAACUGACUUUGGACCAAACUGCUGAUCUUAUUAAGAACGAAACUCAAGAUACAGAGGAGAAGAUCACCAAGGAGUCCGAGGAACUUCACGAGAUUAUACGCAAUGAAGAAGCGGCCAGAAAAACAGCGCUGAGAGAAGAAGAGAAGCAGAAGUGUCAGAUGAUAAUGGAGAAGACUGAGAAGACGAGUAAACAGAUUGUCUCUCUCACAUGGAAAGUCAGAGACAUAGAGGAACAGAUGAAGGCUAAAGAUGAUUUAUUCCUGAAGAACUUCAAGGCCACAUUGAAAAGAGCCAACAGCCCACCGGAUCCAGGGAAUAUUUCAAAAUUGCUGAUCGAUGGCCGGAAAUACCUGAGUGACCUGAAGCACACGGUGUUACAGAAGAUUGAGGGUUCCAGCGGGGAGCACAGUGUCAGGGGGGGCCCCAGCUCUAGAGGAGACCACAGUAGCAGGAGGGGCCAGAAUUUCAGGGGGGGCCAGAAUUUCAGGAGGGGCCAGAGAUCCAGAGGGGGGGCACAGUUACAGGGGGGCCCCGACUUCCAGGAGGACGUCCAAAGUUUUGGUGGAUCAUAUAGGUCAAGGGGGGGCUAUAAUCACAGGGGGGCCCAGAGCUCCAGAGGGGGGCCACAAUUCCAGGGGGCCCCCGAGAUCCAGGAGGACGGCUACUGUUUUGGGGGAUCAUAUAGGUCAAGGGGGGGCUAUAAUCACAGGGGGGCCCAGAGCUCCAGAGGGGGGCCAUAAUUCCAGGGGGGCCCCGAGAUCCAGGCAGACGGCCAA